AUGGCAUCCUUGCAGUUGGGUAAGAGCACUGUAACACGCGGCAGUGGUCAUGAAGUUGGUAACCAAACGAUGGGGGUCGAACCGGUUUUAUCCCAUCAUGUUUGGACUUGCGGUCGUGGGACAAGUAAAAACACUCCGUUAAACACUCAACCAUCAUUUCAGGAGGAGUCACCGCCUGUUACCAACGACAGAAUCAAAGCGGAACCAACCACAGAGAGCCCUCGCAAGCAUGGAGUAACGAAGCACACACCCGGUGGAGAACAAGUCAGCGGAUCACCGGAUCACACGGCUCCGGACGGCAGAGCUAGUACACUCCCUCCAAGUGAAUGUUGUUCUUCACCCAAUGGCCUACAUCCUGAAGCGAAGGAUGAGGACCCUCCAACGUUAACAACGGCAGCGUUGCCCACGGCGAUUCUCUCACGGGAAAAUCUUCUCAUUGAAACAGCGAAGCAGCAGCGGGAGCUUCAGUGGUACAAGGACCGAUGUAGGGAGCAGGAAGUUGCACUGUGCGCUGUGAAUGAGAAACAAGCAGUCCUCGAAGAUGCCCUCAUUGGUGCUCGCAUUGCAGCACUUAACGAGAAGGAACGUCGCCGUGAGUUUGUAGCCAUGGCUGCAGCGCAGCGGCGUGAGGCUCGAUUGGCGCUCGAACCGCAAGUCCAUGCCUUACGCGUUAUGGAAGGUGAACUGGGUGGAUUGAGACGAGAGCUGAGGCACACUCGAAAGCUGUUAGAACAGUCUGAGAAGGAGCGCGUGGCUUUGACCGAGUGUAAAGGAAGGUACGAAGCGGAACUGGGGAAGCUGAGGAAUGUAAAUGAGAGAAUACACGGUGAAUUGAAAGUUAUGCAUUCGCGUUGUGCCAAGUUGGAACAGGUGAAUGCGAAGAAUAUUGAGGUUGUUGACGCGGAAGCUUGUGAAGUGAAGCAAAGUAAAAAUACAGCCACCACCGAUGUGGAUGAUGAGCACAGGCGGGAGGUGGAUGCUACCCUGCAUAUAACAUUUCUUCAGCUUUAUGAAGAGAUGGAGCGUCGCCAGCUUGAAGCAGCUGCAGUGCGAGAAGUUUUCGAGGUUUAUGUGGACUACCUACACCGUAUACAGAGGGAAACAUGUGGAACCAUGCUGUUGCUUUGUAAGCAUGGAAAACAAUUAGUCAACACCCUUACUCGCUCAGAUGCUUCACUGAGUGAUGGCGGUUGUCCUGAUGACGGUGAAGUGGGGGGCAGUUGUGCAUACACCACUCUCCUGCGCUGUGCGAACGAAGUCGGGAAGCAACUACAAGCAAUAGAAACGGCUAUUGGGGACCAACUUUUAACCGCUACACAGCAACAGCGGGAUAUGCAAAACUUACUACUCACUGAGCGGCGUACACAUCAGGAUGAGCUAAGGAAUAUCGAGCAAACUCUACAAACUGUGCGGCAAGGUGCCGAGGACAUGAAGGAAAAACUCACUAUUGCUGACUGUCGGUACAAUCAACUAGCACAGGCAGUGAAGCGCCACUGCCGUCAGUUACUCUCAGUCUCGGCGAAGGGAAGUAAGAACAAAAGCAAGUCAGGCAAUUCAAAACAGGAACGGAAGCUGUCAGAGAAUUCCGCUGAAAGAGAAGUGACCGCAGUAAGGAAAAUUGGGGAUUUGUUGACUAUUGAGGGUAAGGGAAACAAUUCUGUGUCUCCCCAGGUAGCGUCACCAGCGGAACUCUUGAAUCCUGCGAAAUUACUGCUAGGGGAUGUUCCGUCAUCAGGUGGAGAAAUCGAGUCGUUGCUGGCGUUGCUGAAGACCUCACAGCAAGCAGCGUGCUGCGCUCUCGAGGAUAUGCGGGAGACUCUGGAUUCUAACGAAGCGCAAUGGCAAAAGGAACGUCAACGGCUUAUUGCAGCGACUACGGAAGUGAGGCAACGACACCAGGCGACGACAAAGCGAUUCCAGGCCUCGCUGACAGCUGCGCGAGCGACAGAAGUUGAUUUAGAGAAGAAACUCUCCGCUGCAGUCGUCGAACGAAAGGUUGCAGUGAAGAAAGCGGAAAUAGCAGAAAUGGAGCUGCAGUCCUUUGGAAAGCGACACCGGCAGUUGCAGCAGGAAUUACAGGCGAUGAAGGAGGAUUGUGAGUUACAACGAAAAGAAGUUGGGAACCGAACUAAGGAUAUUGAUGCGCUUAGGGAACAGCUCACGGAGCGACGUGAAGAGCACUUCGAGAUGGCGGUUCUUCGUGGUCGGUGUGAUGAUCUGGUUCGCAUCACAGAUGCGCUAGAGCAGCGUGUACAGCGUGAAGAGAAAGGAAAACAUGCACUGUAUGAGGUUGCACGAUGCUUCUGUGGUGUUUUAAUUGCUGUGGUGAUGCGUGUGCGGACGGUUGUGGCAGAGAGACGCGCAAUGUGUCGAGCCUACGAAGCCGCUACGGAAGAGUGUCGCUCGAUGAUGCUGGAGCUGAGGGAUACGAUAAAAGAUAUAAAAGUGGAGGAAACUCGACGAAAAGAGAGCAAACGCUUGGCGCCAUUUAUCUAUCACCCCUCCUUCUUCGCCGUGGCAACUGUGUCCAUUGCGUGCACGCGCAUGAGCCGGGCGACAAAACGUUCUCGUCGCCCUCGACGUGUAUCGUUUGAACUUCAUGACAGUCAUGCCGAUGGUCAAGACGAUGAUGGCGCCUCACGGCUUAGUGUGCCCGCAUGCGGUAAAGUGUUCGCUCCGCCUAACAGUUUGCGCGGUGUAGUUGAAAGCGUCCCCCUUUUGUCAGAACUUUUUCGUAGACCGUUUCUCACGAAUAUUGUGCGGACGGUGCAAAUACCCCCGUUACGCGACCUCCUCCCCAUCAUAGUCGGUAUAUACGAGAAAAAUAACACAGUUGGAAGCACUUAUUUACUGCAACAGGUUAUUGAUAUUGCGGAGGUUGACGUUGCUUCUAACGAAUAUCGGGCCCAUUUCGCCCCCUCAAUGACACCAUCAUGGAAGACCGACCCAUCAAAAUGGGUGAGGGUAGGCAAACAGUAUUGUGGCAGAUCCUGUAGUGGUCCCUCCAAAAUGGCGCCUGCCCAACGCUUGCGUGAGGUGUUUCACUUUUUACGCCACCGCAUUGACAAGCUGAAGCGCGAACAAGAAAAGCACAAGGAAGCGAUGUGCGGUGCCUUGGAGGAAAAUCGUCAACUUCGUGCUCAAUUGGAGGAAUCACAACAAAUGGCGACUUCGUUGCUACGGAAGCAGGAAGAGUAUGAGCUGGAGGCUGCCGUCAGCAGCGCGGCACGCGGCGCGUGUAGAGGUGUGGAUCAGCGCCUCAGUGAAUUGUAUGACGAACUCCACAAGGAGCGGGAGGCACGCCGCGUCGUUGAAGAAGUUAACGCACAGUUGCGUAUGCGUGAGGUGGAACUACUGGCGUCCUCUCAUAAGAUGCGGGACGAGGUGCGUUCACUUUCUAUUGAACUCGCAGAACAGCAACAGAGUUACACCACUGAUAGGUUAAACCACUCCUCUUGCAAUUACAGCCAUCGUCCUGCUGCUGCCGCUGAACAUUCAAAGCCACUGUACCAUCCUCGUUCUGUGUGCCUAUCAGGGGUUGAACUCCCAUAUACUUCUGCGCAGUAA